GUUCUCCUCAGCGGGCGCCCGUGAGGCCGUUAGGGCCUGAAGCCGAGGCUGAGGCGACCACAACGUGGUGCUCAUAGUUGGCGCAAGGGAUUGGGGGGCUCCAAGGCCUGAGGGGGCGAAACCCGAGGAGGGGCCCGUGAGGCUGAGAGACCAUAGCGCGUGUCCAGUAUGGCCCGGACCAAGCAGACGGCCCGGAAGUCCACGGGAGGGAAGGCCCCGAGGAAGCAGCUGGCCACCAAGGCAGCCAGGAAGAGUGCCCCGUCCACAGGCGGGGUCAAGAAACCCCACCGCUACAGGCCGGGCACCGUGGCUCUGAGGGAGAUCCGGCGCUACCAGAAGUCCACCGAGCUGCUGAUCCGGAAGCUGCCCUUCCAGCGCCUGGUGCGCGAGAUCGCCCAGGACUUCAAGACGGACCUGCGGUUCCAGAGCGCGGCCAUCGGGGCCCUGCAGGAGGCGAGCGAGGCCUACCUAGUGGGGCUCUUUGAAGACACCAACCUGUGCGCCAUCCACGCCAAGCGGGUGACCAUCAUGCCCAAGGACAUCCAGCUGGCCCGCCGCAUCCGUGGGGAGCGGGCGUAACCCCGGACAUGGGGUGACCGUGCGGGCCGAGUUUCCUCUUCCCGUCCCCUUGGCAGCUCGCCCCCGGGACGAGCCGGGCUGGGCCUCCCUGCUGCCCUGUUCAGUGGAGCCGGGUGCGAGGGGCACUGUAGGGGAGAGGGAGGAGGGGGUUGGGGGGUGGCAACCAGCCCUGGCCUCCAGCUCCUCCUCCUACCCCACUGGCACAGAUGUACUUUGCCCAGCCCCUCGCCCCUUCCCAUCCCUGGCUUUUUUUUUUUUCUCUCUCUCUGUCUCUCUUGCCAACCCCAAAGGGGCAUUACAGGUGCUUUCAAGAAAAAGGCUCAGGUCCUCAGUCCUGUGCUUCCUCUUCUCUCCUCAUUGUGGGGGUGGAGGGCAGACUCUGGGCCUCAGUUUCCCGUCCGCUGGCCGGGUUGGUUGCUGAUCCUCAGGAAGGUGAGGAGAGUUAAAGCAGGGCUUCAAGCUGAG